AAAAAAAUGACAGUCGGUGUGCAAAGCUGCGGAUGGAGAGGCGUGAGACUUGUAAUCGAAUAAAUGUUUCGAUUAUAUUAAUUUAAUUAAUCGUGCAAUAUAAUUAUCAAUUAAUUGUGAGGUUUACGAAGUGAUUUGUUAUAUCCAAUCGAUAAAAUGAGUGCCUCCAAUGGAGAAAAGAAACAAAUUCGUGUGUGGUGUGAUGGGUGUUACGACAUGGUGCAUUUUGGUCAUGCAAACUCCUUACGACAAGCGAAAGCACUCGGCGAUGUGCUAAUAGUCGGAGUGCACACAGAUGAAGAAAUUGCAAAACAUAAAGGACCCCCUGUUUUUACACAGGAGGAGCGGUACAAGAUGGUGAAAGCUAUUAAAUGGGUUGACCAGGUCGUUGAGGGAGCACCCUACGUCACAACCCUUGAGACACUGGACAAAUAUCAGUGUGACUUCUGUGUACAUGGAGAUGACAUCACAGUAACUGCAGAUGGAAUUGAUACAUAUCAUUUGGUCAAAAAAGCGGGCAGAUAUAGAGAGGUGCAAAGAACUGCCGGAGUAUCAACGACGGAUCUGGUGGGGCGGAUGUUGCUGCUCACCAGAGAACAUUUCAAGAGAGGUGACAAAGAGUACUCCGUGGCGUUGGAGCACUCUUCAAAUCUCGGGACAGACCGCACGGCGCGGUCACCUUACACUGGGUGCUCGCAGUUCCUGCCUACUACGCAGAAGAUCAUACAAUUCAGUAGUGGUCUCUCACCGAAGCCUACAGAUAAGGUGGUGUACGUAGCGGGCGCCUUCGACCUGUUCCACGUGGGGCACCUGGACUUCCUGGCGGCGGCGCGCGAGCAGGGCGACUUCAUCAUAGUGGGGCUCCACACCGACCUCGAGGUCAACCGCUACAAGGGCUCCAACUACCCCAUCAUGAACCUGCACGAGCGGGUUUUAUCCGUGCUUGCUUGCAAGUACGUUCACGAGGUGGUAAUCGGUGCGCCGUACUCGGUGACGGCGGAGCUGAUGGACCACUUCAGGGUGCAGGUGGUGUGCCACGGCGACACCGCCAUCGCGCGCGACGCGGACGGCGCCGACCCCUACGCCGUGCCCAAGCGGCGAGGCUGCUUUAAGAUUAUCAAAUCCGGCAACUCCAUGACAACAGAAGACAUCGUGCAACGAAUAAUCAGCCACCGACUCGAGUUCGAGAUGAGAAAUACGCGCAAAGAGGUCAAGGAAAUCGCCGUCAUGAAGGCCAUACAGAGCGACCACCUCAAGCAGAACGGCACGUGCUUACAACAGGAGAGUUAGAGUCAGCAAUACUAAGAGAGACCCCACACUGGCGUCUUUUGUGCGUCGGGGGUCUUGGAAAAUGGCGUCACUGCGUAGUUGCGUCGAGCAGCCAUAGAGUUGGCUAGACGCCGACGCUCGGAAGACGCCAGUGUGGGGUGACCCUAAACAUAAACCUCUGAACUGUAAUAGACAACUAAUUUGAACUUUAACUUACAGCCAGAAAGGCAUCUGUUAAAAAGCCCCUGAUUGGUAAAAAUCGCAAGACUAUAUGGGUUAUUAUUAGGCUUUUUGAAGAUACUUUCUGCUAUCUUUCUAUUAAGAGGGACAGGGAAAUAAAAUAAGAUAUACACUUAAAGCCUAUUACAUCUGACUUUUCGGCGGAGAUAUACUGACCUUUCUCUUUCGCUCUUAGAAAAAUGUGUGAAAAGAGGUAGCUGUACGUCUUAUGUAAGAACCCCUAUGUUCUAGAUCCCGCAGUGGACGUCUUUCGGCUGAUAUUAUCACGACGCUUAAACAAUUUAGUUACAAUUCACUAGGGCUGCGAAACCGAAACGCGAUACGGUUGUGGGUGGUAACGCAACUUGAAUAAUAUUUUUUUAAGUAGUGUGAAUUAGGUCCCCAGUGAGCUAAUAGUUUAUUCAUUUUAGCUAAUUUAGUAUACUAAGUGAAAUCGGACAUGGACUAGAAAGUAGCUUUACUUGAUGGUCUAGCCAAAAAAUGUAUAGAUCACAAUAUUAACGAAUAAAAUUGGCUUUAAAUUUUGAUCCCUUGGAAGGAGGAUACUUGAAAGAGUUCAUCUACUUUUACUAGAUAACCCAAAACAUUACUUGAAACAUAUCGCUCGUAUUUCAUUGCAAUCAUCAUGUGUAUAUCGAUUGAAUCGCGUGAAUACCAUCUGCUUACUAUUCUGAUUACCUGUUACUUGUAUAUGAUUGUCUGUUACAGUUCAAUUGUUAGUGAUACAUCUAGUGCUCGUUACCAAAAAUAUAAAUGAUUGCUAUGUAGACAAAUUAAAAGAAUACAGCUUGGAAAAAAAGAGUAGAAAUUAAAAAGUGGCAACACUGUAGUGUCAUCCCGUUUUCUUAUAUAAUAAUAUAUUGGUUUGAAAGGGACGACACUACAGUGUUGCCACUUUUUAAUUUCUAGUCUUUUUUGCCAAGCUAUAUGUAUAUUUCAAUACAACAUCCGCGUAAAACUAAACGGCAAUAGAUAAACCAAAGUUGUCGGAUCUGUGUUAAAACGCUUUUGAAAAGUUUUAUUUGCAACGUAGUUGAAUCAUGUAGAUAAAAAUUAACUGUUUAUUUAUUGAGUUUGAAUGCGUGAAGGAAAUUGCUGCCGGUUCGGCAAUACCUAGAACCUAGUCUUAUGUGAAGAAACUAGGUCUUACAGAGUAAAACGAGAGGGAAAGAUCCAUACAAAAUCGAGGGAUGUUUUCUGGAAAAAUUUGUCUUAGAAUACAUUGUGUUUAUAGUAAUACAACCUAGUUUUCUUAAUGCACUAAAAUCACUUCUAACAUCAUGGUUUAAAGUGUAUUAAGGUCCCCUGUUUGUAUAGAAAAUCUUAAAAUCAUAUCUUGUUCUUUGUAAAGUUGUACGCGCUCAAACUCAAGACUUCUUUCGUCUGGUUGAGUGGUAUAUCAUAUGCAUACUAAUAUGGAUGUAUAAUAAUGGAAUUAUCAUGAAAUAUAAAGCUUCAAGCAUUUGCUGCAAUUUAAUGUCAAAUUACAAUAUUAAAUUGCACCAAACUUCAAAUAGUUAGAUGAUUACAAAUAGUGAUCCAAAAGCCUAAGGCGUCAAGAGAUGAGGCGAGCCCUAAAAAAAGCUAACAGGGCUCGAGUCUUUUGGAUCACUAAUUACAAACCAUUGAAAAAUACAAAUUGAGAUUCUUUAGUUAGUGGAACUAAUCUCUAUCAAUCCCUCGAGCCUCGUGAUCGCGAUAUCUCACACGUAAAAUGUAUAAACAGUGGAAAACCCCUGGGAUUAAGAAGUUUCUAACAUUGUGUAGGCUGUUAGUCGAGGGGUUACAUUAUAAAUUAUAAUUAAUAAUCAAUAUUUAUUGAAACACAUGAUAUUACUCAAUUCGAUUCCAGUGUUUGCCCGCCUAAGUAUUUAUUUAUAAUAAGAUUUGUAAUUAUUGCCAAGUUUUUGCCUAAUUUAUGUGUAGGUAAUUACGAUUUACUAUUAUCACUAGCAAAAAAACUUAUUUUACUGUUGUUGUGUGGUUGUAUGGCAUCAAUCAACAUUUUUUGUUGAAGGUGUUUAGUUAAGAAAGGGCUUUUAAUUAUGUCUUUCCUGUUUAAUAUUAUAUUGUAUCUUGUACUUUAUAUAAAUAUUAGGUCUUUACUAUGUUUAAAAUACAAUUAUCUGCAUUUUUCAGUCUUAAUUAAGGUGUUUUGUUAUAUACUGAUCGUUUUUUGACGCUAGACGCCUUCAAUGUAUUUUAUCUAAUUUAUAAAUAAUGUUAUAAACUGAAAGUAAUGUGCAUAUUAUAAUAAUACACUAUACAAUAUUA